AUGCUCGAGACCGAGACUCUUGUACCCGAAUUGGCAAAGCCAGCUACCACAACCGCAACAAUCACAACGCCCGGCACCGCCACUGCUACUGCUGCUGUAGUGGAAGAACAAUGUGACGCAAAACUGGCGCCAUUUUCGCCACCGCCACUAAACCUCGGUUCGGAGACGGAAGUGGAGGAUUCGCAAAGCGCCGGCUUGUUGCUGCUCCCCGCAGCCGCCGCCAACCGCACUGAGGCAUUGGUGGAAGAGAUGAAGCGUCGUAAUGACGGUUGGCUUCGUUUACACGCCGACCAAAAACUCAUCACGUUUGAUGAAAAACUACACAUUUAUUACUAUAAUGGAUGCAGGAAUGAUAUUUCCGUCACCAAAUUACUGACUCAAUGGUUUCCGUUUGACGCGGAUAGCGUCGCUGUCCGGUGUGUGCGCAGCAAAAAGUACGCCAAGUGUGUAAUACGAGACGCGCAAACUAUGGAGAUUGACGAACAGGCGAGCGCAAACAACAUUAAAAAGGAGUGGGACAAGAGAGCCGAAGAUGGUACCAAAUUGCACGCUGAAUUGGAAACCUUUUUAAAGAAUGGUCAACUUAUGGAGCCUGAGCGUUUUCAAUUAUUCGACGGCAUGUUGUCAGAGUUUAGCGAGUUUAUGCAAAGCAAUCGCUUUCAAUUUUAUGCCGCCGAAGUACGAGUGUUUUCCGCACAGUGUUACGAGGGUCGAACGGUGGCCGGUUCUAUAGAUGCCCUGUACUACAACAAUCUCGGUGAAGCCAUCAUAGUGGACUGGAAACGAUCAUCGGCCGUUUUUGAUUUUUUCAAUAAUCGAGGACAAGGACUGCUGUCCAAAUACCCAAACACAAAUUUUUGGAAAUAUUCGGCGCAACUCAACAUUUAUGCAGUUUUAUUGAAAAAAAAGUACAAUAUUCAAACACGCACUAUGAUUCUUGUAUUUUUCAGCGACGAUUUAAACAACAAACCUACAUUACAUCACGUACCUCUAAUGCCAGAAUUGAUGGAUUUAUUUGAAUAA